GCAAAAGCAAUUCCUUGAAUGUGGCCUCGGGGACGUUCAGCGCCAAUGCCAGCCGCCUCCGCCGGGAGCAGGAGUGGCAGAGGUGUAAAACUCGACUUGCCAUCGUGGCCGUCUUCGGCUUUUUAAUUUGGCUCGUGAUAUUCUUCUUCGUGGCUGGCCACCGGAUGACGUUUCUGGGUGUGAGUGUGGGCAUUCUGGCACUCGUUGCGCCCCUCGCUUGGUUUUGCGUGAGGCGCUGGCGGUACAUGGAGGAUCAGGAGGGCUUCCGUGACGUC